AUGCCUGCCCACUCCUGCACGGGAUCCCAGGCAUCAUCGGCCCAGGGAACGCCUCCGAGAUCGCCCCAAAGCUCCCGUCCCACCACGCCCACCUCGGGAUCCGAGGACGGCGAGGGUUUCUUGGGACUGGAUGCGAGCAGCCGCAAUGCCAACCGAAAAUUCAUCCUCGUUAUCGGCGGCCUGGGGUUUAUCGGAUCCCACACCUCUCUAGAGCUGCUCAAGGCAGGACACAGCGUGGUCAUUGUCGAUAACCUGAGCAACAGCUUCGAGUCUGUCUUCUCCCGCAUCCAGAUGCUGGCCGCCCACCACUACCGGGAAAAGGGCGGCGACAUGCCGGCCCUUCACCUGCACAAGAUUGACUACCAGAGCAAGGCCAUGCAGUUUCUCCUCGACAUGUACUCCAUCUCCGAGGGCUUCAAGCCGCAGCAGCACCCCGGCGCCCCUGACCACCAACAGCCUGCGCCGGAGAGACAGUCACGGAUCAGGGGCGUCAUCCACUUCGCCGCCUACAAGUCCGUCUCCGAGUCCAUUUCCCGGCCAAUCCAGUACUACCGCAACAACGUAUGCGGGCUCGUGGACCUAGUCGAGUUGCUGGGCGAAUACAACAUUCGCACCUUUGUCUUCUCCUCGUCGGCCACCGUGUAUGGUUCCAAGGCGGAUCAGGGACGGCCGCUGCGAGAGGAGGAUCUGGUCCACCAUACCGAAGAGUACGUGGACGGCGAGGGCCGCAAGACGGUGGCCGAGCCCAAAGUGGUCGGGUUGCAGAGCCCCUACGCUCGGUCCAAGUACUUUUGCGAGGCCAUCCUGGCCGACAUUGCACGCUCGGAUUCGGCCUGGCACAUAGUCUGCCUACGCUACUUCAACCCCGUCGGCUGUGACUCCUCGGGCCUGUUGGGCGAGGACCCCAAGGGCAUCCCCACCAAUCUCUUUCCCGUCAUCACCCAGGUCCUGACGGGCUCCCUCGGAGAGCUCAGCAUCUUCGGCUCCGACUGGGACACGCGUGACGGGACGCCGGUACGCGACUUUGUGCACGUGUCCGACGUGGCGCGCGGACACAUUGCCGCGCUGGCCUCGGACGUCGACGCGCCCUUCCGCACCUACAACCUGGGGUCCGGCACGGGCACGACGGUCGUUGAGGCGGUGCAGAGCCUCGAAGCCGCGGCGCGCCGGCCGAUUCCCGUGAGCCGCGUCGGGCGCCGGGACGGCGACGUGGGCUUCUGCGUCGCAUCCAACGGGCGGGCGGCGCGGGAGCUUGGCUGGACGGCACGCGAGAGCAUCCCCAAGUGCGCCGAGGAUCUGUGGAGGUUCGUGUCCAAGGCCCAAGCCGAGGCGACGUGA